GUAUUGUCGUUGUGUUGGUUACUGCAACUCCCGGAAGAAAGUAUGUAAGCGUAGGGUUUAGCCGUUAAGAAAAUGCAAACAAAAAGUUAGAAAGAGAGAAGGGUGAUUGAAAUUAGCAGCACAGAUGGCAUUGCCUACAUUAUCGUCACAUUGGCAUAAUCGUAAUCGAAUGCUGGAGCGGCAGAUUAUACUCCAGCGAGAACAAGAAGCUCGUUUCCGUCAGCAGUGGGACCUGCAUUGUCAGUAUUUUAAACAGCAUGAUGUUUACAGCAGCAAACAAGCUCAGUGGAGUUCUCGUCAGUCCUACCAGCAGAGUAUGUCUGCCUACCAUCAAGAAAGACUAAAGGAGGAAAAGCACAAGAGCUUAAUGCAGCGACGAGAGCGACUACAGAAACUAUUGCAAGAAGAACGAGACCUUCUAGAAGCUGAACUGAGAGAUUUAUCUAUAGAUGAAACUUCUCAAAUGAGAGAUAUGAAAGAAAAGAGUGAGGAACUGAAAUCUGCUAGGGAGGAACGCAGGAAAAAGCUUGCUGAAGAAUUGAUGGAUGAGCAGUGGAAGAAGAACAAUCCAUACUUGCGGCAGGUUGAGUCAGAGUUGCAUAAGAAACAUGUGAUCAGCAGCUGGGAAUCGCAGAUCACAGGACAAAAGCAGCAAAAAGAAGCAGAGAAAGAAGAGAAACUGCACUUUGAAAAUGAAUAUGAAAUUGCACGAAGGGAAGCAAUAGAGAGAAUAAAAGAAGAAGAACAAAGGCGGAAACAAAAAGAGAUGGCGUGUGCAGAGGUUUUGCGCCAACAAAUGGAAGAGCUUAAAUUACGAGAAGCUGAGGAUGCAAAGCUGAAGAAAAACCAAGAAAAUCUGUUAAAACAACAAUGGGAGUUAGAAGAGCUGGAGGAAAAGAGAAAAUUAGCAGAGGAUCAGCGAAAGAAGUCAGAGCUUGGACGAUUUUUAAGCCGCCAGUAUAAAGCACAACUCAAGAGACGUGCACAACAAAUACAGGAAGAACUGGAACUGGACAAACAGAUCCUAGAAGCCUUAAUUGCAAAGGAGGAAGAAUAUGAAUAUCUUCAGUUUGCUAAACGUGAACAGGCUGUUGCCGAUGCUGCAUGGAUGAAAAGUGUUAUUGAAGAGCAACUUAAGCUUGAAAGAGAGCGAGAAGCUGAUGUGGAUAUCUUGUUUAGGGAGGAGGCUAAGCGUGUGUGGGAGAAACGUGAAGAAGAAUGGAAUAAAGAGCGAAAGGCCCGAGAAAGACUUAUGCAGGAGGUCUUAGCAGGCCGACAGUUGCAGAUUCAGGAGCAGAUUGAGGCAAAUAGAAAGGCUCAAGAAGAAUCUCUAAAACGUCGGGAAGAGUUGCUAAAUGAGCUUGAAGAAGUAAAGCAGAGAACCCAUCGGGAGAAGAAAAAAGAAGAAGAACUGAAAACUGCUCGUAAACAGGAGUUAGAAGCACAGAUUGCUGAACAACGUCAUCAAUUGUGGAAUGUACAUCUUCAAGAAGAGAAAGAAGCAGAAUCAGAGAGGAUAGCAGAACUCCAGAUGGAGAAAAAACUUCACCAAGAGGCUGAACAAAUGACACAUCGGGGUUACCAAGAAAAGAUUCACAGUCGACCAAGAACAGCAUGGACCUGAUGUGAAUAUGUGCUGAUUAAGCAACUGGCUGUGCACUAAUAUAAGUCACUGAAAUGUGUAACACUGCUGGUAGAAAAACAGGCACAUUAGAGCCAGGAAACUAAAAUACCUAACUUGAUCAUAACUCAUCUGCUAGAGAAAAGCAAUACUGUAUUUAAAAAAGCUACUAGAAUUGUGUGUAAUGUAUUUAUAUUAUUAACUAUUUUAUAUAGUAUGCCAUAACUGCUUUUUCAUAGCAGAAGUUAAUUUGCAGAAUUGAGUAUUUUCAGCAAAAAAGUAUUCUUCAAUGUACGUAUUAGGAACAUCAGUUUAAAACAUGUUGUGUAUGAGCACCAUAAAAAUACAUGUUUUGAAAAUUCUAGUUAGUUUAUGGUAAGGAAAUUAUAGUGGUUCAGUCUAAACCUGUUCCUUGGAUCAGCACCAUGGCAUAUCUUCAUUCACUGUCUCAUGGGCUAGUCAUUGUGGAGAAUCACAGUAACUCAUUGUAUUUGUGUUUUUCCUCCUGUAGUGUUGAUCCAGACAUUUUUCCCCAAAGCUGUAAUCAUCCUUAGGCUAAUGCUUGCUUUAACAAAUGAAGGCAAAUUCUAGUUCCAAAACACAGUAUAGUUUCUUGCAGUAUCUGUCAAAUGUUUUGUAACAUUACCAGACCUAGGUGGGUGAAAGAGUUACCCUUUCAUUUGAUAAAGAAAAAGUGUAAAAAUC